AUGAAGUCCUACGUUAUCGCCACGGCUAUUACAGGCUUUGCCUCCUCCGUUGCUGCUCACGGUUACGUCGCCAGCCCAAAUGCCCGAAAGCCCGGCGAUGGUCUCAAGCAAGCAUGCGGUGACCAGGUCUUCAACACUCAGAAUUCUGACAUGUACGGCAACGUCCAGGGCUCUAUACAGAACCUUCAGGGCAGCCACCCUGACUGCCGUAUCUGGCAAUGCAAGGGUAUUCCUUUCUCCGAUCACGCCGAGAUCUACUCCUACACCCCCGGCCAGGUGGUAAACAUAACCGUCACCAUUCGUGCGCCCCACGACGGUAGGGCCAAUGUUUCCGUCAUCGACCUCGCCACCGACAAGAUCAUUGGAAAGCCCCUCAUCAGCUGGGAUAAGUACGCCUUGACCUCUGUUCCCCUCAGCCAGCACCCCGAGUGGACUGACUUCAGCAUCACCAUGCCCGACGUCAGUGACCACUGCAACAAGGCCGGUACCUGUGCGAUCCAGUGGUACUGGGAUGCACCCACCAUCAACCAGACAUACGAGUCUUGUAUAGACUUCACCAUGGGUGCUGGCUCCGGCUCCGACUCCGGUUCCGGUUCUGAUAACAGCACUACUCCUGCUCCUGCUCCUUCUCCGGUUGACAACUCUGGCUCUGCCCCUGCUGCAUCGCCUUCUGCUUCGCCUGUACCAGUUGAGAACUCGAACUCCGGCUCUGGAAGCGCCCCUGCUCCCUCGCAGGGCUCCGGCUCCAGCUCUGGUUCCGGUUCCGGGCUCCCAAAGACCUUCACCAUCGACACCUUCAUCACCUGGCUCCGCGCCAACGCUGGUUCUGGCGUCGCUAACAAGGUGCGCAGCGUCAUGGCAGCCGGAGGCGUUCAUCCCCGUGCUUUCCGUGGUUAA